CACUGCUUUUUCUACUGCUACCUAUCCUCCGUUUUCCCUUACUCUAUUUUACUCUCUCUGUUACACACUCAAGCAUAAACAUCCUGUUCUUUUCCACCAUCACUUUAUCUUCUAUCAAGCCUUUUGUAUUUAGUUACACUCUAAAAACUUAACUGCUCCUUUCUUCUGAGGUCUCUUUCCCUUGAGAAAGAUGGGCAUCACUCAAAUGUGUUUCUGCUGCCACAAAUAUAGACAAACCAUCAUAUGGCUCAUUCUCUUUGCUUCAACUUUGACCAAUAUUGUUUUCAUGGCUGAAGGAAGAGCAAUUUCUAAUCUUAUUGAAGUUACCAAGAAGGACAUGAAAGAUGGGGAAUCAAUCAUGGUUGCAAAAGCUCAGAUAGGGUCAAGGCCUCCUAAGUGUGAAAAGAGAUGCAGAAAUUGUGGACAUUGUGAAGCAGUUCAAGUUCCGGUUGUCCCUCAAAUUCAAAGUCAUAGAAGGCAUUUUCCCACAGCAAGAGGAACCGUAGUUGUUACUUAUUCAAGAGGUGAUGACCUUUCCAAUUACAAACCAAUGAGUUGGAAAUGCAAGUGUGGGGACUACUAUUUCAAUCCAUGA